AUUGAGACGCGAAGUUCUUACCAUUGGUAAACAUCGACAAAGACGGGCUAUCAGGCUUUCCAUGAACAUAUAGAAACUAACACUCUAAUACUUAUUUACAGUGGGAAGAGAAGUCUUGAUAUCUUAUCAACGUUUGGUGUAUAAGCAAGCUCCUGUUCACGCUGUUGUGGGUUCUUUUCCUGGAGCAACUAGUUGUAUGUAAUACAGCUUACACUUUAUACAACAAUGAGCCAACAACCAGACAGGUUUUAUCCUUUAGCUGUUGCAGCCACAGCCCUGACAGUAUACAGUACUUCUCUUGGUGGCAACCUCGUAUUUGACGACAUAGCUGCCAUUCAGGAGAACCGCGACGUGCGCCCAUCUAGUCCAUUCAUCAACCUUUUUCUUGACGAUUUUUGGGGAACGCCGCUACACAAGGAACAAAGCCACAAGUCAUACCGUCCAUUCACUGUCUUCACAUUCAGACUCAAUUAUGCCGUCCACGGUCUACAACCUUUAGGUUAUCACGCGAUCAACGUUCUGCUUCAUGCCUUAGUAUGCGUCUUGUAUUACAGGUUGUGCCUCCUCUUCUUGCCUCGUUUUGUCAGCUCUGUCGCCGCCAUUUUGUUUUCCGUCCAUCCGAUUCACACAGAAGCAGUUUUUGAUAUGAUUCGUCACGUAAGUCUCUUCGUUGAUAUGAAUAAUGUUACAACAGACCCUCAAAGGUGGCGCUGUUGUGCAGAAACUGCAGCCUUGGCAGUAUGUGGAACGCUAUGUAAAGAACAGUGUUUGACCGUUCUGGUGGUCUGUAGCUUCUACGAUUUGCUCUCGUUAAAGGUUUCCUGUCUCACUCACAUUUGGCAGUGUGUUCUACUAGGCCGGGGAGUGGUGUCUCUAUGGAUACGAAAAUCGCUGGCCCGAAUUGGAUUUUUAGGGUUAACAGCUCUUCUGACGAUAGUGAUACGGUUUAGGCUGAUGGGUCCACAUUUACCACAGUUCAACAGGUUUGAUAACCCGGCUUCUGUCUCUCCAUUCCCCGCUCGCCAACUAACUUUCAGCUAUCUGCUAUCUUUGAACGCCUGGCUUCUACUUUUUCCUUGUGAUCUUUGUUGUGAUUGGACCAUGGGUACCAUCCCAUUAGUGACGUCAAUAGAAGACCUGAGGAAUAUUUCUACGUUAUGUUUUUGCGUAGUUUUGUUUCUUUUGUUACGGAGCUCUUGGCUUUCAGAGGAAAGUCAAAGGGUACCGUUACUUAUGGGUCUUUCUUUGUCUGUUCUACCGUUUUUGCCAGCCUCCAAUCUGUUUUGCCACGUUGGAUUUGUUAUUGCUGAGCGUGUCCUCUACCUUCCUAGCAUGGGUUUCUGCAUCCUUAUUGCCAUUGGAUGGACACAUUUAUGGCGAGAUAGACGCCUGAGGGGGUCGGCUGUGGUCGGCUUAGCACUACUGGUGACCAUCCACGGAAUGAAGACAGUUGUAAGAAACAGAGAGUGGGAAUCCGAUGAAACUCUGUUCUCUUCGGGUCUCCGGGUGAACCAGAAAAAUGCUAAGCUUUACAACAACUUGGGAAAAGUUUUAGAAGAACAGUCUCAGUACGAGGAAGCCUUACAAUAUUUCCAACAGGCAAUUAGAAUCCAGCCGGAUGAUGUUCGAGGUUACCUCAACUCUGGUCGGCUUUUCACACACAUGAAGAAAUAUCAAGAAGCUGAGCUUGUUUACCUCAAGGCAAAAUCCCUUCUCCCACAGGCCAAUCGUAUCAAGUCAUCAGAAGCUCGUAUUACUCAAACUCACCUACAACUGUUUCUCAAUCUGGCAUCACUGAUUUCGCGUAAUAACACCAGACUGGAAGAGGCUGACGCGCUGUACCAAGAAGCUAUCAAACUGAGAUCCGAUUACACCAGAGCUUACCUAAAUCGGGGAGAUUUCUUAAUGAAAAUUAACAGAACGAAAGAAGCGGAGGCUAUGUACGAACGAGCGUUACAGUACGAUACUCAUAACCCGGACCUUUAUCACAACCUUGGAGUAUUGUUAAUGGACCAAAGGAAAAAUCAAGAAGCCUUGGCCAUGUUUAACAGGGCGUUAGAUAUCGACCCGGAUCACGAACAAGCAUUAGUAAAUUCUGCCAUUUUAAUUCAAGAAUCCGACAUGGCUCUUCAUCAUAAACAGCUUGCAAGUGAGAGGUUACGAAAGAUGGUAGAAGGAGGUAAACAGAAUGAAUUGAUUUACUUUAACCUAGGGAUGUUAUCUCUAGAGAACAAGGAUAUUCUUGGAGCUGAACAGUGGUUGAAUAAAGCUCUACAGAUUCGUCCAAACCUCCGAAGUGCAUUGUUCAAUUUAGCACUGCUUCUUUCAGAAGACGGGAGACCCCUAGAAGCAUUUGUAUACCUUAAAAGGCUUCUACAGAACCAACCAGAUCAUGUGAAAGGAUUGAUAUUAAUAGCAGAUAUUUACGCAGGGCAUUUUGGAGACCUUGAGGCAGCUGAAGAGUGCUACAAAAAAAUCCUCCAAUCAGAUCCUGCCAACAUUCAGGGUCUGCAUAAUCUCUGCGUAGUCUAUUAUCGGCGUCAGCAGUUGGUAGAAGCUGAAGCUUGCUUCCAGCAGGCUCAUGUGCAAAGUCCAAAUACGGAAUAUAUACGCCAGCAUCUAGAAAUAACAAGACGCCAACUCCAGCAGGUGGCGGCACAGGUCGAAAAAGAAAAUCCUCUGAAAAGCAUACCACGUGAUCCAUCUGUUCUCCAACAAAUAUCACCAUCUCCGACAAUAAGGUGAUAAUACGUUUAACUGUUCACCAACUAAAAAGUAAGGUCACGUGCACUUAUAAACAAACCACGAUGACAAGAUUGUUUGAAAAGAAAUUGACAAACAUUUGAGUCAUUAUUCUGUCUUUCUUCUUUGGAAACAGCGAUAUAAUAACUAAAGUAAGGAGAAGAAAAUGAUAAAUAUACUACGUGCCAAGAUUAUAUGAUCAAUUUCAAUUCUUGAGCUUUUCAUAUUUGUGUGGUCAUUCUUUGAUUAAUAGAUAAAAGAUUUUUUUCCUGUGCUAUAAGUUAUGAAAAUCCAUGUUCAAGUUGUUUACUUUAACAACAAUGAUGUUCUCAUAGUAAAGACAGGGUACUGUGAUAUCCUUGGUUUCAUUGUCUUGCACGUCAAACAUAUUUAUUUCAAGAUAUAUUUUGCGAAAACACUACAUGAAUUAGAUUUUUUGAGGACUUUUUCACAUCAAAUUGAUUAUGCUCCCAUGCUUAAGAUCAUAAUCGAGUGAACUAAUUGAAACUUAAAUUUAUUUAUAAAUAGUCAACAUGUGUAAAUUCACAGUUAUACUUAGAAAGUUUUGUUUUCUAGUGAAUUAUAUUUGAUUUUAUGAGCACUAAAACUAAACCGCAUGAAACCACUUAAAAGGUAACAAUAACAAAAAUGUCAAUUAUAGUAUCAAAAUCAUCGUAAGUAGUGACGUUAUUGAUCACUGUUGUUCGACUACAAGUUAAUAGUUAUUUACAAGUUAUUAUAAAUUGUUAAGCCUAUUUUAACGUAUUUUCAGAUAUAGUAAAUGUGUAUUUGUUUCUGUAUGAAUGAUUUUCAUAUGUUUGAGAAGUAAUGUUGUGACAACAGGUUUGAGAUUCCUGGAAUAUUUGAAAGAAACUUGAAACUCCACAAAUAUCAUAAAUAAAUUCAAAAUAGCGUUCAAAUUUUGUAGUAUAUCGUUUUUCAUAGGAACCAAUCUUAGGAUGUUUGUUUCCCCUUCAUUUAGAAGUAAACUUGACUAAAACUACAAUGAAUGCUAACUAUAACUAUUUGAAUUUAAAAUUAUUUUUUCUUUAAUAAACAUUUUUAUCAGAGUUAAGUGAGUUUUCUUUGUGGUUGAAGCAGUUUUUAGUACAUAUCAUCAAGCCUUGCUAUCUCAGCUAAAAAGAAAGUGAAUAAAAAAACCGUAAAGUAUAGCAUAAAGUUGAAUAGGAUUCAAAGAUGGAAAAAUAACUUUGAAUAUUUCAUUCCAGGAUUUACGAAUUUAUUCCAUAUUCAUAUAAUUACAAAUGGAAAAUCUUAAAUCUAACCCAUGAUUAUAGCAGUCAUUUCAAUUCUACUGGCUCAUCACAUGAGAACAUAUUUUGUUUUCAUCUAUUCAAUUUCGAAAUCCUGUUGACACACACACACACACAAACAAACAAACCUUUGUUAUUUGAAAAGCUAAAAGAAGUAAGACAACAUAAUGUCUGACUGGCAGUUGUCUGGGCUCUUCAAGUCUUUUAAGUGUCAAAAUAUUAAGGUUGGUGAAAUUUUGAAAACAAACAAUGUGUGCUGUGGUUUAAUUUUUCUCUAUUCUAUGUGUGUUUUCAUAACCAAGUCAUUGGUCAAACUGACAAAUUUGAGUUUUUCUGAUUUUAUUUAUUCAUCUUGGCUCUUGAAAAAUAAUUUAUAUCACAUAGAAUGAGAAUCGUGAACAUUUAAGAGAAUUAAAAGUUUGUCUUCAGAGAAAACUAACGUUGUAAUUAUUUUUAUUUAAGGUAAGUAUAUUAUUCGUCUGACAUUUCUUUAUACUGGAUCUAAGAUGAACGGACGGGCGUUUCUUUUUAUUAACAAUUAAAACAUCUUACAAAAUCUAAAAAAAUACCAACGGUUCUUACGAACAGCCGUUUGAUAAUAGUCUAUUAUUAGUCUCUUAAAAGGUUUUCUUUUGAGUUUACAACAUAGAGUAUUCGAUCUUUCUCAGUCCAUUGCUCAUUUUUGUGGUAAAACUGAAACCAAGAUGCCAGCCUAGAGUUAGUCGGUGGUUUAAUAUGGCCCAGUAAUAAAUAAAACAAACUGUAUUCACAUCAUUUGAAAAUAAAGAAAAAGCUCAGUUCGUGUAACUUUAUUGGCAAUGAAGAAUGUUAUUCAAAUUGGUACCAUUCAAGGUAAGCCGAGUGUGGCUUAGUGGCUCACUUGCCUGAGUAUGGAUCUGAGGGUUCAUGUCUCAUGUCCCGUUGCCGUCAAAUCAGCUUCGCACUAUGAGACCGUGGCCGCGUUAUAAGAGUGACUGUCAAGUUCUUCUAUUCGAUUAGACAAAAUCACCCUAAGUGCUGGUGGUGGGUGUAUUUACCAGCUGCCUUUCCUCUAGCCUAUCAGUUCAAAAUUAGAGACAGAUAUACCUUGUGUAGGUUUGCGUGAAAAUUCAAAACAAACGACCAUUCAACACUUUCACCAUCAGCUGAUUGCCUAUGUUUAUUUUAAAAUUGUAUUCUAAAAUAAAACAUUCCAAAGUACGCUUAAAAGAAAGUUAAAUAUAGAAAUGUACUGAAUUUUUUCAAUAUUUGGGCUAUUUUGUGGAAAAAGUUUAGUAUUAGAAUCAUCGGCAUUUUGAUAAAACAAAGCAUAAGUGUACUUGAUUACAGUUUAGACUCUACCAGUAGUAUUUUUGACAAAUAUAUUUUGUUUGUUAAUUGUUAAUCUCAAAGUUAUUUAAUGGGCUACCCAUCACGGGUAUCUAAACUCAGUUUUUAAGAUUAUAAGUCUUCAGACUUACCGCCAGCCCACUCGUACUAUUAGGCAAUUAUGUAGUAUAAUCAAUCAUCACUGCACGAUUUUAAUGGAAACUAUUUUCCUCAAUACCUUAAGCUGUUCUAGAGUAUUUCAAAAGCAUUACAAAUAUGUAUCUGAAACGUUCAUUUUUUAAGAAAAGUUAAAAGCAUGUAUGUAUUCUAGCUUUGUUAGCAGUCGAAUGGGGUUUACAUAGAAAUGAUGUGCAGAUCUUUGAAAAUCGUAAAAGGUAUAUGAAAUAUUUUCACUUUUUCAUAACAGAACAUCGUAAGUUACAUUGUGAUAUUAUAAACGUUCGACCAGCUUAUUUUUAUCCUUACCAAAAUUUCACUUGGGCAUGUAAAAAACUCUGGCAACAUGCAAGAAAAUCCCUAUAAACUCCGCCGAUUAUAAGAGUUUAAUCUUUCCCUGAGAGGGGAGUCCUCGAGAAGGGGUGAUGUUAAUCUUUUGACGAUUAUCAGGAAGAAUACAUAUUUGUAAAGAAUGAAUCAUGAAAAUCGUGAAAAACAUAAAAUGAACCGUUAUAGACGCUCUAAGAACCAAUAUGGCAUGCAUAAUUGAAUUAAAAUUAAAUAUUCACAUUCAGGCGAUCUGAAGAAACGAUUCUUCUAGAUAUCGGAGCUUAUUAUACUUAAAUGAUACCAAAAGUCGAACACAGUUAUUUGUGUCUAUAAGAUGCAGUAAAAUAUGUUUAACAUGAAAUAUGUAAGUUUAUUAAUCUUCAUUUGAAUAUUGAAUGGAGUUAAAAUUAGUUACAUUAAUGAUUUUUUAAACUUCAAACAAAUACUUAAAUACAGAGGGCUAAAAACGUAUAUAUUAGAAAGAUCCUUGAGCUCUGAAUUUUAGACCUGUGACGCUGGUUUAGAUUUACCACUGUAAGAUUACUACAAAUCCUGAGCCAUGUAUGAUGUGUGGUGUGAUUUCAUUUUAAAUAAUAAAUACAAAUAUUACAUUCAUAGCAAUUUCAGAAGUAAGGUUUAUUUAAAUGACUGCAAACUAGCUCUAUAGAGUUUCAAAGUAAAAAUAUAAGGAAUAUUCUAAUCAAAUCCAAAUGCUUGAAAAACUCUAGUUUAUUUUAAUAUAAAUACACCUCUGAUCUUUAAACUAAAAAUUUUAAAUCUGUAAACAUUCGUACUAUAGAAAUGCUUUAUAUUUUUUUAGUAACUGAAUGUUAUAACUUUGCUACUAUGUUUCUUCUUUCAUUCUCUAAUUUUAUCAUGUUCAAAAGAUGUGUUGUAAAACCUUGCACUGAUUUACUUUAUUUAAGGCAUGCUUUAUCUGAGUUUAAACUAUAUCCACAUAUAAAUAUAUGCUUGUGCGAUCUUUUUUGACGAAGGUAAACUAUUGACUUUCUAUGGUAAUAUAAAGUCUCAAAUUGGUUCGUAUGUUUGAUACAGGAAAUCUACUUUUUCAUUACUGUCAUUAAAAAAAGUUUUAUUAUCUGAUGUUGGUAGCAGAUAUAUAUAGUAAUUGUGUGAGCUUUUGAGCCAAGAAUUUAUGUGAUACAGACAUAUUUUCUAUUACGCAGCGCUAGUGUUGUCAAACAAUUCAUUUCAACGUACGUAUGUAUUGUGGUGCCCUCUC